UUCCCUCCCGCCCUCUCUCUCUCUCUCUCUCUCUACUAGGGUUUAACAGAUGCAAAAACCCCCGAACACCUCUCUCUCUCUCUCUCCCCUUCGUGAAAUCCAGGGUUGUCCCCUCCUGCUUGAGCAUAUGAUAUGAAUUCGGCGAGCAAUGUUAUGGCGAUUUCCAUGGACAUCGCAUCGCUGCGCUCGAAUCCGCGCCCUUCCCAGGCUUCAUUCCUCGUCUCUCGCCGGUCUCCCUCUUCCGUCGCCGGCUCCGGCUCCGGCUCCGGCUCGACCCUCCAUCCGCAGAGCUCACACCACUUCUUCCCGAGAAAACCGCCGGCGAAUUCGCCGAUUUCCCGGUAUAAACAAGCCUCUCCUGACGCCCGACGUCGUGCGCUCCACUCUGUCGAGCUGCCCCUCCGAUCUGAUCGCUCUGAGAUUCUUCCUGUGGUGUGCCGAGCAGCCUGAUUAUUUUCACGACCGGGGUUCGUUCGAUCGCAUGGCGAGUGUGGUCGCGCGCCUCGGAGAUCGCUACGGGACGGUGAGCCGCGUCGUCGGGGAGCUGGAGAGUAUUGGGUGCGCAAUAAAGCCGCAGACUUUCCUUCUCCUGUUGAGGAUUUACUGGCAUGGAGGAUUGUAUGAGUCGGUCCUCGAGACUUUCGAGGAGAUGGGGAGGUUCGGUUUCGCUCCCAACACGUUUGCGCGCAACAUAUUGAUGGAUGUGCUGUUCAAGAUUGGACGGGUUGAUGUUGCUCUUGAGGUCUUGAAGCAGACUCAGGUUCCCAACUUUUUGUCUUUUAAUAUUGCAUUGUGUAAUUUGUGUAAAGUAGACGACCUCGGUAAAAUAAGGGAUGUCGUCAGAAGUAUGUUGAAGAAUGGUUUUUAUCCUAAUGUUGCGACGCUUGAGAUGGUUUUAAAUGCUUUUGUAAAGAAGUGUAGGUUAGUGGAGGCAACUCAAGUGUUGACACUCAUGAUAACUGGGGGUGCUGCUGUAUCUGUAAAUGCGUGGAGCAUGUUAAUAAAUGGGUUUUGUCGGCUGCAGCGAUUUGAUAUGGCAGUAUAUUUGUUGGAGAAGAUGGGUGAAAGUGGCUGUACCCCUAAUGUUGUUACUUACACGACUCUAAUAAAGGGAUUCAUGGAAUCCGAGAUGGUUAAUUGUGCAUUGAAGAUAUUAAGUGUCAUGGAGUCAAAAGGGAGCGCUCCUGACUUGGUUCUUUGUAAUGUGCUCAUAGAUUGUUUCUGUAAGAAUGGGCGGUUUGAUGAUGCACUUUGUAUUUUUAUUAGUCUGUCUGAACGAAAUCUGGUACCUGAUUCUUACACCAUCUGCUCAUUGUUGACGACCCUUUGCCGUUUGAGGAAAUUCUCUCUUAUGCGCAAGAUAGUGAUUGGACUUGACAUUGAGGCAGACCUGGUGCUUUAUAACUCUCUUUUGAGUUACUAUUGCAAGGCUGGUAAACCAUCCUUGGCUGUAGAUUUGUAUGACCAUAUGAUUGAUAGUGGUUUCACACCAGACAAGUACAGUUUUGUUGGAUUGUUGACUGGACUUUGUGGAGCAAAAAGAAUUGGUGAAGCAAUAAAUGUGUAUAAUGGUAUUAUAAGGAGAGGUUCUGAUCUUGAUGCUCAUGUACAUACAACCAUCAUCAAUGGUCUAAUUAAAGCUGGUAAAUGCCAUCAAGCAAUUAGAUUUUUCAGGAAAGCCAUGGAGGAGAAAUAUGAGGUGGACGUUGUGUCCUACACAGUGGCCAUCCGUGGACUUUUUAGGGGUGGUAGAGGUCAUGAAGUUACUGCCUUGUAUGAUGAGAUGAAGGGGGUUGGCAUAUCUCCUAAUACGCAAGUGUAUAAUAUGAUGGUCUCUGGUUUUUGCAAAGAUAAAGAUGCCAAAAUGGUUACCCAGAUACUGCGCGAAAUGGUCGAUGGGAGGAUAGUAUUAAGCUGUAAUAAUUAUAAUAGGAUAUGUAAGUUUCUUUCCAGAUCAAGCAGUUCACAUUUGGCUUUUGGUCUGUUAAUUGAGAUGCAAGAUUUGGGAUUGUUUCCUGCCGAGGAAAUUGUGUUAUGUGGCCACAGACUUGCACAGGAUGCAUGUUUAGGAGGAGAUGGACAUUCUCCGGUUCCCUCAAGCCUUUCAGAAAGUAAUUUGUCUUUGGAUGCAUCUUGCUCUGAGGACAUGUCAGACAUGGCUGUUUCUGUGGGUUGAGGAAUGAUUAGUGGACCAAGUACUGAGCUAAAGCAACGGCAACCUGUGAUUAUUGGUAUCGAGGAAAAUCUGCUUGUCAAUGGUAUAUAUCUUGGGGGACGAUAUUGAGGUACCUUUUUUCUUUGUUGUUUUUCACUAGUCCAGGAUCAUAUCAGUCUCUCCUAUUUUCUAUGUGUUUUGGAGAUGAACUUAGAAAACUAGGUUAAUGAUACUGGCAUUUCUGUAGCUGAUAAAAACAUCUACAAUGCCAUGGUGCUAUCUCAAAAUGGAGAUUUGACAAGGUUGUGUACAUUAGAGUGCUUGAAAUGGUGUCUUGAUAUAGAAAAUUUCCUAGCAUAAAUUAGGGAGAAUGGGUUAGGAGUAAUCUGCAUCCACGAAGGUUAGUUAUAAAAUUUAUGAAGAUAUAUAUAUAUAUAUAUAUAAAUUUUUUUUUUAAUGGGGUAGUUUGAUUAAGAGUUGGUGUAAAUUUUGGAUUGGCAUGUUGUUGUGCAACUUGUUGACCAAAGCAUGACAAGCUAAUUAUCAUUUUUUACUCAACACUUGUUUGUCAUGGAUCCUCUUCCGCUGCAGUUGUGACUUCCUCCCUGGCUCCAGGUACUUGAGUUUCUGUUGAAAUGGUUGGCGCCAGUCACGAGACAAUGAUAUUUGCAAUCUACGCCCAAUUUUACUUCCUUCAAGAUCCUUUUAGCAGCAAUUGAUACUCGUAGGAAGAUACUUCAGAAAGAAUUGACUCAUUUUGUGCCAGCCUGAUGUUGUGGAGAGAUCUGAAGUCUUUCUCUUCAUUUGAAAUUGCUUCUGCUGGACUGAAAUCUGCUGCCAGUGUUAUGAUACAGAUGAUCCUAAUAUUAAUGGAACUUACAAUUUGGUCCCAUGCAGAGCAACCUCAAUGCUGCCCCUGUUCUGAUAUUGGAGGUCUCCAUUGCCUGUCUUCAUUGGUAUCUUUUCCUUAUUUGUUUUCUUGGCCCAUGAGAGAUGGAGGGGUAAUACUUGAAAGUGGUGCGAGGGUCUUGUUCAUGACUUAUUAAGAAAAGGUCUUUAGGUUUUCUGCCACUGUUUUGAUUUACUUCACUGAAUGUUGAAUUGAUUUCUCUUGAUAUUUCAGGAGGAGGGAGUUGAUUGCUCCAUGCCGUCACAAAAGAACCCCAAGAUUUCAUUGGUGUUAUGUCUCGAUAAUUGAGAUCUUGUAAGGAGGGUCUUCCUUUUACACUCACUGUACAGGAAGCAGGGCGUGCUUCUCUGUUAUACACAGAUGUGCCGCCCCGAUUGCUGGUGAUUGCCGUUGACCUCCCAUUCCUUGCUGCUAUCGAUCUCAUCAGCUAGUCCUGUAAUUUGUUUAACGAUGAAAGUGGAGUCUUUGAAGCUAGUAAUGCCACCACCUUUAGUUGAGUGUGCCGCUCUCGAUGGCGUGGCAUCCACUUUGUCUCGAGGCAUUGUGAAUUUUGGAUUGUAUUCUGUAGCCAAAAAGAGAAAAAGAAAAGAAAACAGAGUAUUGAAGUUUACAUUUGUACUCUGUAAACAUAUUAGAUGAUUAGUAGAGGGAGUCCUUUAUUUUCUGUGGGAUUUGUUUGUCAAAACUUGCAUUGGCAACAAAGCAGGCAAAUAAUUUU